AUGGCGGCGGCCGAUCCCCCCCCGCCGCCGCCGUUCCGCACCUACGAGGAGUACCUGGGGUCGCAGGUGACGGCGCGGGACCUGCGCUAUCUGGAGAGCGAAGAGGUGGGGCGGCAGCUGGUGGAACUGGGCUUCCGCGGCUCCGGGAACGUGCUGCGGCGGGAGGAGUUCGAGGCCCGGGCGGCAGCGGCCGCGGGGCUGACGGCGGCGGCCCCCCAGAAGUCACUAGCAAGUGUAGGAAAAGAACUGAAAGGUAACUUCUUGCGGGCUCUGGCUGAAAGAGAAGAAGCCAAUCGUAGCGGAAAAAUUUCUUCCAUCAUCUUCAUUCGUGACCGAAAUUCUCGUCGCCAGGAGGUGUCCGCAUACAUCGACUAUGCCCACAGACUGACAACAGAUGAUUUUGAAGCCUACUUCAGUGGGAAGAAAAGACUUUUCCCUCGGAGCACUGAUCUGAGCUUUUACAACUGGGAUAGAAAUGUCAGCACUUCAAAUUCCAGCCCAAAUUACCAAGUGAUUGCAGAAAAUGCCUGUGGACUACUCUUCAAGAACAAAAGUGAUAGGAAAAUAAUAAACGUGGAUCCUAAGGCCUACCCAGGAGACAACACAACACGGACGGCUGUUGAAACAGAUCUGUACCUCCACAUUGUUAUCUAUGACCAUAUCAUCAGAAGAGGGACCUGA